AUGAAUGUGAAUGAUUAUGUUUCUGGACAUAUUUUUGUGACAAAGGACCAAAUUGGUAAAAAUAUUUUGCUGUCUAUUCCAGAUUUGAACAAAUAUUUGAAGAACACAUUCUCAGGUGGCAGUGAUGAAACAGAGUUGAAGGAAGAAAAGAUUGAAAAUGCAGACACUCCCCAGGAAUUGGAAGCCAAAAGACCUGAGAUUAUGAAAGAAAGCAUUCAAAAAGAGCUGGAAAAAGACAAGACUUCACAGGUCAAAGAAGAAAAGGAACUUCCAAAAGAUGCUUUGCCAAAAGACACAUUUGAUGUGAGAUUGGAUGAUGAGGAAGAAGAUGCUACAGAAAUUAUGGAUGAAGAAGCGUUGACUGACUCCUUUGUAAAAAUUUCUGGAGAGCAGACCGAGCAAGAUCCUCAAAAUUCUCCUGAGGUCCAAAAAUCAGAAGAGAAAACCCCUCCUCUGGCUAAUCAAGAACCACCAGUUGUAUCUAAAGCUCCUCCUGUAGAAGAUAAACCUAUAGUUGAAGUUUUGCGCAAAGAAGACCUGGAUGGAUUGGAUUCCCAGAAGAAUGAACAGAUGCCUGCUCAGAAGCCAGAUAUUCCAGCCGAAACGGUUCCUGAUGCUACAGCUACACAGGAAACUGAAAAACCUCCAGAGAGACUAACUGAAGUACCACAACAGACUGAAGACUGUGGAAUCAAUGCCACACCCACUCAAACUCCACCCACUGCCGAUAAAGGUGUUCCUGAUGCUGCCAAAACCUCCCAAAUAGUGAUUGAUGGCACAACCAUUGAUCUCAAUGAAGACUAUGAAAAUUCAUUACUUUACACUUCCAGCCAGUUGGAUAUUGAAAGCUCUACUGGUCAGCUGAAUCAUGUUGAUAAUUUGGCAUCGGAUCAACAGAUGCAUUCGCCAGCUGAACAAAUUAUGGCCAGUGCCGAUCCUCUACACCAGGAAGAUCACAAUGGGGAUCCUAUUGUUGAUAUUCUCCAACACAAAAUUGAUUCUAUUCCAGCUCAACCUGAUCUUCACCUCAAGCCUGAAUCACCCAGCGCCUACCAGAGUAAUGAUUACUUGUCCAGAAAACCAUUAGCAGUAAACGCUCAAAGUGUUGGUCAGGCUCCUGUUGCAUCAUCUCAAGAUGCUCCUUCAUCUGGAGAGAAAGCUUACCAAACUAAUCAACAACCAGUUUAUAAUCAAGAUUUGCCCAAAGACAACGCUGGGUCUUUAGAUAUUUUGGACUUGAAUCCUGUGGAUAAUUCAAAUCAACAACAAAAUGAACCUCAUUCUCAAGUGGAAAUAGAAAAUCGAGACCCUUCACAGUCCAAGGACUGGCCAAAUGGUAAUGAGCAAGAAAAGGAAACAUUAGGUGAUACUGAAGUGAAAGAGGAAGUCUUUGCUGAAGUCACUACUCAUCCUCCUGUUGUAGGUGAACCAAUCCCACCUCCUCUUGAAGAGUUCACUAAAGUACCUGAACCAGUUAUUGCUACUGAGGCCACUACCAAAGCCUCAACUCAGGCAUCUGUAACUGAUGCCACAACACAAACACAGACUAAGACUACCACAGAAACUGAUCCUGUGACUAAAUCUACAACACAAUCUACAUAUGGCUCAGAUCAAUUACCAGAGGACAACAAGCAAGAGUCUGUCAAAAACCAAGAGACAUACGACGGAGAACCAGUCAUCCCAUACGAUGAAUUUCCCACACCAGACAAUAUGGAAGACAGUUUCAGUGAUAUUCCUGAAGAAAGGAUCAGGGAAAGUAAGAGUCUAGAUGGAGUACCACCAACUGAUGAUGAUCCUUAUAAAACUGAUCCUGUUUCCAGUAGAAAGAUGACUGAUGAGCAUCUGGAAGAUGAUCAGUUUGGAGUACCUCCUAAACGUAAUGGUUUAUUUGAUAGAUUGUUCUCACCAAUUCUCAGUGUAUUACCAGGAUUCUUGGGACGUAUAUUAGAUCAGGAACCAUUAGGACUAUCACCAGCUAUGACUUUACUUAUGAUUAUAACUACAUUUAUUAUAUUGACUAUUACUACUUGCUGUAGCCGUAGCUCUUCAGGGGGUGGAAAGAAAACUGCAGACGCACUUGCUGUAGUAAGAAAGUUAGAAGAGAAGUUGUUUAUUGAAACUAAAGAAAAAGAAAAUCUAGAAGAUGCUUUAAAUCAAGCCAAGAAAGAGAUAAUUGAUUAUGAAAAGAAACUAACCAAUCAGCAAUCUAAAUCUGGUUCACAUAAGGCAGAUUUACAAAACUUACAACUCCAUAAUGAGUCACUAAAACAACAAGUAGUAAGUUUUCAGACACAGAUAAAGGAAUAUAAUGAUGAGGUGAAAGAUAUACAGGGUGCUUCUCAUGGUAAAGAUAAAAAGGUAAAAGAUUUAGAGAAACAAGUCAAUAAAUUAGAAGAAAGAGCAAAGAAGGCUGAAAAGGCUCUAGAUAAGAAAUGUAAAGAAAUAGAAGAUAAUAAAGAAGAGGUAGAAACUAAAAGAUCUCAAAUGAAAAGUUUAUCUGAUCAAGUUCAACAAUUAGAAAUUAGAAAACAACAACUGUUAUCAGAAGCUGCUGAUUGGAAGGAAAAAGUGGAAGAUUUAAAUGAACGAUUAUAUCAAAGAGAUGAAGAAUUUAAACAGAUGCAAGAAUCAGUCACGUUUAAAGAUAGUGAAUUAGAGGUGUUAAAGGAAUGCUUCCUGCAAUUAAAAGCAUUUGAAGAUGAAAGUGAAAUGAAAGAAGAUCCAUCAGAAAGUAGUAUAGCAGUACAAGAUAAACUACAGACUAUGAUAGAUGUAGCCAAGGUAAAUGCCACAUUACGAGCUGUACAAGAUGAAAAAGAUACAUUGACUAACAGAUUAGAGAUUGAAACAGAGGCUAGAAAAGAAGCAGAAGAUCAGUUAGAUAAAGCCAGACUGAAUAUGGAAUCAUUCCAGGCAGAUAAAAUGAAGGCUGAAAGACAAUUUCAGGAAUCUCAGACUAAACUAAAUGUAUUGUCUAAUUAUUUUAAAGAAAAAGAAAUGCAAUUACAGAGAGAGUUAGGUGAACAAGAGGUAUUAAAAAAACAGAAUAUUAAUAAAUUAAACUCAGUAGAUGAGAAAUCUAAACAAACAGAAGAAGAAAGAGCUAUGUAUAAACAACAAGUAGAGAGUUUAAAGAGAGAAUUAGAAGCAGCAGAUCGUGAUUUUAGAGCUCAGAUUGCUGCCAAUGAACAAAAGGCUCAUGAAAAUUGGAUUGCUGCCAGAACAGCUGAAAGAGAAUUAAAAGAAUCCAGACAUCAGAAUACAACAUUACGACAGAGAUUGACAGAUUUCACUCGUAAACCUGGUCCUGAGGGAUUAAUACGACCACUACCAACUAGAGGUUUACCACCAGGGAUGAUGAAUGGUCCACCAAUGCCUUUACCUCCAGGAAUGGAUCGACCUCCAGUUGAAAGGUCACCAUCGCGUGGUUCUUUACCUCCACCCCAUCCUCCAAGUGGAGAUUAUUACAAUGAUAGAUUACCUCCCCCUGAUAGAAGAUUACCACCAGGUGGCCCAAGAUUACCUCCACCACCAUUAGAUGCUAGAUCACCACCUCCAUUUGACAGACGGCCUCCUCCUCCACAUUUAGACAGAAGAACACCUCCUUAUAGGCCCCCACAUCCAGAUAUGAUGCCUCCUUAUCGAGGUCCCCCUCCUCAAAGAGAUGGUAUAACCUCCCCACCCCCAUUAGGUCCUCCUGGAUAUGAUCCAAGAUUAGGUCCCAGAACUUCAUCGCCUUAUACCAGACCCCCUCCUCCUGGAGCACCUCCUAGAGAUAUGAGAGAUAAACCUCCACCAAGACAACAGAGUCAAGUGUGA